AUGGCCGACCUCUACACCUCCCUCCAUGUCUCGCCGAAGAAGAAGCGCACGCUUCCGUCGUCAGACGACGAAGAUGUGUUGACCCCCAAACGUCUCCGGCGAAACAGCACGGUCCCGCCCACUCCUUCCACCUCGAGGCGCAAACAAACUAACACGGCGGAGGCCGGACCAGACACCCUUCCAGAACAUCUCGCGCGGCUGCACAAGAUUCAGACGUCGCUCCAACAAGCCCUGUCGCACGCGCUGGCGACAUGUGCCGUCGCCCCGUCAGAGGACACGGGCAUUGUCCGGAACGUGCUCAACCAUCUGUCCCUCGGGGCGUACUCCGGGUUUGCGACGCACAUCACGUUGGACGACCUCAAGCGUCUCUGCUGGUUGUGGGAGUGGGAUGGAGCGAGCGCCAAGCCCGAGUCCAACACCGAUGCUGGUGAAGGCAAGGGGAAGGGGAAGGGGAAAGCGGAGGACGCUGUCGCUGUCGACGACGAGGACGAGAACCCGUUUUUGGAAGACGCGAAGCCCGUGGAGGAUGCGAAGCCGAAAGAGUGGAUGCGGGGUGGGAUGGGUUUCGUCGUCAGUCAGACCACCCACCACGUGAAGUCUGCGGCGACGCGCGUGUCUGUGUAUGGCUUUGGGAUAGAGGUCGAAAUGGACAUCGACAAGGACAUGAAGGGCGGGAUGGCUGCGGUUGCUCGUUGGACCGCGGAUAGCGAGACCAGGCGGAAAGAGCUCUUCGUGAAGUUGCAGAAGUGGUCUAAGCUUCACUCCAAGGAGCCGGCUAUCCCUAGGGUCCCUAUGGCCGACCUGCCUACCCUCCCCUCGGCAGCCAGACCGUCAAACCUGACACGCCUUCUGGCUUCUGCGUCUCCAAAAUCUCCCUCCUCUUCAACCAUCCUCGCUGCUCCCCAGCCGCCUGGCUCACCGACGCGUGCUUCGAGGUCUCCCUCCAAGUCGCCUACGAAGACGCUCCGCGACUUUGCUGUCCCCUUCCCUGUAACCCCUUCUAGUCGACUCACAACUCCGCACGGGACCCCUACCACGGAUCGUAUCUUCAAAACGCCAACCACGAACCGUAUUUUUAAGACCCCUUCGACGAACCGCAUCCUCUUUCCAAAGACGCCGUCUUCACGUCAUUCGACCACCAGCGAGGCUAGUGAUCCUAGGACGCCCACCGCCUCCAAGACUCCAUCGUUAUCUGGGCGGGAGACUCCUACCGCCUCCGAUGAUUCUGUGCCCUCUACGCCAACCCACCAGCGUGGGCCAGAUGCUGUUGCCGUGCCCCAGACGCCGACGAGCUCCCGCCGCCAGGCGUUGUACGAGCGCGUUCGCCAGCGCUCGCUUCAAAACACUCCCACAAAGGCAGACCCGACCGGCGCGUCGAUGUCGAAGGACCAACUGCUCCGUCUGAGCCAGGAGGAAAUGCGCCGGCGCUGCCUCCUCGGCCGGCUCUCCGGGGUCGCCGAUAGCGUCUGGAUGUUCUUCUCCAACCCUAUGAGUUCUGCCUCCGUCAAGCCCGGGACGCGCAAGCGCCGCGCGAUGCCCGUCUCAGAGGUCGCCACGGCGGUCGUCAAGUCAUCGCCCGUCCCGCUCUCGCUCGCGGAAGCGCGCGAGUCGCUCGAGAUGCUCGUCAAACUCUGUCCGUUCUUCAUCCGCCAGAUGGACGUCGGUGGUGAGGAGUGGCUUGAGAUGCCCGCCACUUCCACGGACGCCGAUGGCGACGACGACAAAGACGUCGCUGCUCCCGUCGUGCCCGCGGUUCCGAGCAGCCCUGGGAAGCUGAAGGCCAGGGACGAGAGCGCAGUGGAGGUCCACACCCGGAGCCCCAGGCGGGUGAAGAAGGAGUACGGGGGGCUGCGCGAAGUGCGCGAGCGCAUUCGCAAGGAGCUCGAGAGCGUCGAUUGA